AUGGAGGUAGAGGUCGUUCCAGCCACUGCUGCGCCCGUGGCUGCUACGCCACCGGCAGCGCCUGGGACUGGGCCCGCUGUGGUGGGUAUGGAGACGUCUACAGAGGCAGACAUCAAGCCGGGAGCAGGUGCCACACUCCCGGUGACACCGGCUGUGCCUGCGCUCCCGCCGCAGGCCACCGAGCCGCAUACCCGGACCACGGGCGUCCGGUCCAUGCUGCUCUCGGUCUUUGUCAAGCACGGCUGCCGAGGCUUGCUGUUUGACAACAUUGUGGAGGACGUGCGCAAUUUGCGCAAGCGGCAUCUGCCGCGUGAUCUCAACGCGGCCGAGCUGCGGGCACUUGUGUUGGGCGAGCUCGGCUCGUCGCCGUGCUUUGAGCUUGUGGCCUCGGCGUGGCAGCUUUCCAAGGAGACGCUGGCGUCGCUGCCGGUGCUCGGGCGCGAGGCGGCGACGGCGCGGCAUCCGACCAAGGCCGCGAUCCAUUACCAGCAGAUUGUGGACAACGAUGACGCGCCGCACUUUGUGGAUCGCUCGCUGAGGGUCUCGUUUCGGUUUGCGUCGCUUCCGUCGCGGUCGCACGCGGUGCGGUCCGAGCCGGAGCGCGCCGCCGAGAUUGCUGAGGAGAUGGCGAAGCGGUACGUGCAUCUCGCGGACAAGCAGAAGCUCAAGCCGCCCAAGGUCUCGGCGGCCAAGGACCGUGGCCCGCAGCAUGUCAAGCCGACGAUGGCCGGCAAGUCGUCUAUUCCGCUCUCGCAACAGCUGCGCAAGAUGAACCGCGAAGAGAUUGACGAGAUGUUGACCUCGUCGUCGUCGCUGUUGGUGGGCGCCGAUCUCUCGCGAGUCCUUAACUAUGAAGCGUUUAUGCGGCUCAAGGCUCGCGAUCGUGUGCGCUUGCUCAAGCUCAUGCCAGAGGGCGUGCCCGAGUCUGUCGGCACCGACGCCAAGAGCUACCCGAGCGACGUCACCUUUACCCGCGCCGUCCGCGCCCUCUUCAACCAGUCGUCGCCCAUGAUGCAGUGCGCUCGCUCGUGGCAGACUUCGCUCGCCUACGGGCAGAACGACCCGUCGUUUGAGGCCAUUCGCCUCAUGGGCAAGCGCAAGCGUUCACGCAACCUCGACGCAGACGCGCUCCGCGAGAACGCCGAGCGCCUCAAGGCCAUGCAGGCUUCGUUUGUGGAGGCCAAGGCCGCGUCGGCGUCGGCAUCGGUGUCGACCGCCCCGUCACCCACCCUGCCUGUCGUUGCUGCUUCGGCGACUCCUGCCGCGUCCACCACUCCCGCCGCCAACCCGACGCCUGAGCCCAUGGACGUCGCCGCGCCCUCUUCGGCGCCUGCUCCGCCAGCCGACACUUCGCCCACUGACAUGGAUGUCGUCCCAGAGACCGCAGCAUAA